CUGAUCAAAUACCGAUGGCGGAGAAAGGCUCGAAAAAGUCCCUGUCAUGGCCUUGCCCGCAUUGGAGUUCACGGUGUUUGAGGAGAAAAAGGCAGCGAACUGAAAAAUUAUUAUACGACGCUGCUGCGCUUCUCUUCUUCUUCUUCUCUUCCCUCUCUCCUCCACGCUCCCUCCAUUGACUUGACUCUUUGCACGGAAUCGCCGUAUGCGGUGAUAUCCAAUCCCCUCGCACUUCUACUUCAUCCCACAUUCUGCGAGUUCCCGCAGUGCGGCCGGCAGCUGCCAACAUGGCCCCCGUUGCUACCGCUGGAGAGGCCGUGGCGAGAAUCGCCUACCAGGCUAGCGAUAUCGUCCUCUCGGUUCAACCAUCGCUUCAGACCGACUCAUUGUUCUCAAAAACUCUCAAGAGUCUGAAGUCUGGCAAUACCCGCAAUGCGCUGACUGAGAGUGUUCCAGAGGUUGUCUCCGUUCGUUACAACGAGGACCCUCUGCUCUCCGCUUUCCACCCCCUCCAGACCGGAAAAGUCGUCUCCGCUGUGACCAGCUCAUCUACCCUGCUCUCCUCUAUCCCCCACCUCUACCGCCUGGCCAAUGCCCCCGUUGUCAUCCAUGUCGCAUUAGAACCGUCCCCAUUCCCAGACUACUCGUCUAUCAGCUCAAUCCGGCAAUGCGGCUUCACAUUCCUGCACUCGGAGACUGUGCAAGAGGCUCAAGAUAUUGCGAUCACGGCUCACGCUCUCGCUCGCAAGUCUGGCAAGGGUGUCAUCCAUUUCUUCGACCCCGCCAACUCCGCCAACGACGAGGCGAUUGAGCAGGAAGAUGUGAAUGUGUUCAAGUCUCUCCUCGAUCUGAGCGGCAGCCCUGUCUCGCACACCGAGGGGCACGGCGUCAACACCCUUUACACCAGCUCCGGCCGCGUUGCCACUGUCACUGAGGAGGCUGUUGAGAGCGCUCCCGCUGCUGAGGGAACCGCCACCCCUACACAGACUGCCGCGACCCCUUCGAGUCGCAGCACUGACAACUCGUCCGUGGGUUCUUCGGAGCGUGACAGCAGUGUCGACAGCCGCGCCACCAGCUCAGCUGCUACCACAGUCGAUGGCUCAUUCGUUCGGCCAGUGACAUCUGCCGAUAUCUUCUCAUGGACUAGCCAAAUCUGGCAGAUUCUGUCUGAGCGUGUUGGACGCAACUACCGCGCUAUCGAAUAUACUGGCCCGGCUGAUGCCAAGUCUGCCAUUUUCGUCUUCGGUUCAACCGGAGUUUUUGUUGAUGUUCUUGGAAAGGAGGGUGUUCCUGCUGAGCUCGCCAGCAUUGGUCUCAUCACCGCGCGCCUGUACCGCCCCUGGGUCGGCUCCGAGAUCGCCAACUCGAUUCCCCAGUCCAUUGAGAAGAUCGCCGUUCUAGAGCAGGUCCGUAAGACUACGAGAUGGGGUCCUUCUUUCAUGGAUCUCUUGUCGAGCCUCACUCCCGCCGCCGCUGGCGGACGCAGCCCCCAGAUUGUUGGCUACAGACUCGGCUAUGUUGAGCCCUCCACCGCAACUCAGGCUCUCCGCGGCAUCGUUCAGAACCUGAGCUCUUCCUCCCCUAUCCAGAACCUCGAAAUCGGUAGCGCCAAGAUCCCUACCCUCGAGACAUCGCUUGAGCAGCCCCGCAUCGAGAAUGCCUACCUGAAGAUCCUCAACCAGCUCUUCGGGGAGCGUCUGUACCUUGCUAACCAGCUCGGUUCCAAGAAUGCCGGCAUUUCCUCCACCAUUGCUGCAAGCCCCGAGUACGGUUUUGGUUCGUUGAUUGCCAGAAAGGAGCACCGCCAACGCUUCAUUAGCGAGGUCGAGGCUGCGUCCAAGUCCAACACUUUCGCUACUGAGGUGGUUAAGAAGUGGCUCGCAGACUGGGCAUUGAACGCCACAGAUGCCACCAAGGCCAACAACUUGGCUCCCGAUGUGAUUGCUCGUCUCACCACCGAUGGUUCUUCGCUGUCCAAGCAGCUGUUGGAGACUAGGAAGCUCUUCUACAGCGAGUCUCAGUGGCUCAUUGGUUCCGACGCCUGGGCUUAUGAUCUCGGUAACUCCGGUGUCCACCACGUUCUUGCCUCUGGUGCGGACGUCAACAUGCUCGUCAUCGACUCUCAGCCCUACUCUGAGCGGACCGCUGCCGAUCCUACCCGCCGCAAGAAGGACAUCGGUCUGUACGCUAUGAACUAUGGCAACGCCUACGUCGCCUCUGUCGCUGUGUACAGCUCCUACACUCAGGUUCUCCAGGCCAUGGCCGAGGCCGAACAGUUCAAGGGUCCCUCCGUCGUCGUUGCUUACCUCCCCUACAACCAGGAGAAUGACUCCGCCCUCACUGUUCUCCAGGAGACCAAGAAGGCUGUCGACCUUGGCUACUGGCCCCUGUACCGCUGGAACCCCGCUAAUGAGGAGCGCGGUGAGCCCAAGUUUGCUUUGGACUCUGAGCGCAUCAAGCGCGAGCUUGAGGAAUUCCUGCGUCGGGACAACCAGCUCACUCAGCUCAUGAACCGCCAGCCCAACUUCUCCUCUGUUCUCUCCGAGUCUUACGGCACUGAGGUUCGCACCAUUCAGAAGCGCAAGGCCAAGGACUCCUAUGAGAAGCUCCUGGAAGGCCUCUUCGGCGCUCCUCUCACCAUUCUCUUCGCCUCCGACAACGGCAAUGCUGCUACUCUCGCCAAGCGCCUAGGUAACCGCGGCCGUGCUCGUGGCCUUAAGACCCUGGUCAUGGCUAUGGAUGACUACCCUCUCGACGACCUGGCCACUGAGGAGAAUGUUGUUUUCAUCUCCAGUACCGCUGGUCAGGGUGAGUUCCCCGUGAACGGCCGUGCCCUUUGGGAACACGUCAAGAACUCUGGUGACCUCGACCUGUCCACCAUCAACUACUCCGUCUUCGGUCUCGGUGACAGCCACUACUGGCCGCGCAAGGAAGACAAGAUCUACUACAACAAGCCCGCCAAGGACUUGGACGCUCGCAUUGCCUUCCUUGGAGGUCGCAAGCUGACAGACAUUGGUCUCGGUGACGACCAGGACCCUGAUGCUUUCCAGACCGGCUACUCUGAGUGGGAGCCCCGCCUUUGGCAAGCUCUUGGUGUCGACAAGGUUGAGGGGCUUCCUGAGGAGCCCGCUCCCUUGACAAACGAGGAUAUCAAGAUCGCGUCCAACUACCUCCGUGGUACCAUCGCCGAGGGGCUUCUGGACGAGAGCACCGGCGCCAUUUCCGCAAGCGACCAGCAGCUCACCAAGUUCCACGGUACCUACAUGCAGGAUGACCGUGACGUUCGUGAUGAGCGCAAGGCCCAGGGUCUCGAGCCCGCCUACAGCUUCAUGAUUCGUUGCCGACUCCCCGGUGGUGUCGCUACCCCGUCCCAGUGGCUCCAGAUGGAUGCCAUCAGCAGCUCCCACGGUAACGAGACCAUGAAGCUCACGACCCGUCAGACCUUCCAGUUCCACGGUGUCAUCAAGCGUAACCUCCGUGGCGCCAUGCGCGCUAUCAACAAGGCUCUCAUGACCACCAUUGCCGCCUGCGGUGAUGUCAACCGUAACGUCAUGUGCAGUUCUUUGCCCGAGCUUUCAUACUACCACCGUGAGGUGCACGCUGUCUCGAAGAAGAUCAGUGACCACCUUCUCCCUUCCACCACCGCCUACCACGAGAUCUGGCUUAAAGAUGAGAAUGACAACAAGGUCCAGGUCGCUGGUGAUGCUGUCGUCGACCACGAGCCCCUCUACGGUCCUACAUAUCUUCCGCGCAAGUUCAAGAUCACCAUCGCCAUCCCCCCUCACAACGACACUGAUGUCUAUGCUCAUGAUAUCGGUUUGAUCGCCAUCAAGGGCGCUGACGGACACUUGGAGGGUUUCAAUAUCCUCGCUGGUGGUGGUAUGGGCGCCACUCACAACAACAAGAAGACCUACCCUCAGACUGGCCGCAUGUUCGGUUACGUCCCAGCCGACCAGGCUCACAUUGUCUGCGAGAAGAUCAUGCUCGUCCAGCGUGACUUUGGUGACCGCAAGAACCGUAAGCACGCCCGUCUGAAGUACACCAUUGACGACAUGGGCGUCGAGGCCUACAAGGAGAAGGUCGAAGCUCUCCUUCCCGAGGGUCUGCGCUUCGCUGAGCCCCGCCCCUUCAAGUUCGCCUCGAACGUCGAUACCUUCGGCUGGCAGAAGGACGAGAAGGGUCUCAACCACUUCACCUUUUUCAUCGAGAACGGUCGUAUCGAAGACACCGCCGAGUUCCGCAUGCGCACUGGUCUCCGUGAACUGGCCUCGCUUGACAAGGGAGAGUUCCGCCUCACCGGUAACCAGCACUUGAUCCUCUCCAACGUCGAGGACAAGGACCUCCCUGCUAUCAAGGAGCUGAUGGCCAAGUACAAGCUCGACAACACCGCCUUCAGCGGCAUGCGUCUGUCGUCCUCUGCCUGUGUCGCCUUCCCCACUUGCGGUCUCGCCAUGGCCGAGUCGGAGCGCUACCUCCCCGUCCUCAUCUCGAAGCUCGAGUCCACCCUUGAGGAAGCCGGCCUCGCCCGCGACAGCAUCGUCAUGCGUAUGACUGGUUGCCCCAACGGCUGCGCCAGACCCUGGCUUGCUGAAGUCGCUUUCGUCGGAAAGGCGUACGGCGCGUACAACAUGUACCUGGGUGGUGGCUACCACGGCCAGCGUCUGAACAAGCUCUACCGAUCGUCCAUCAAGGAGGACGAGAUCCUCGAUAUCAUGAAGCCUCUGCUCCGCCGGUAUGCCCUCGAGCGCAACACCGACGGCGAGGAGCCGGAGCGGUUCGGAGACUGGUUGAUUCGCGCUGGUGUCAUCAAGGAGACUACCGAUGGACGCAACUUCCACGAAGGAGUCGCUGAGGAAGAAGAGGAUGAGGAGUAAACGAAUUGCACAUAGAUAAAAGGUGGUCACCGCUCUUGUUGUAAAGCUCUCUUGCAUAUAUGCUGUGUCAUGAUUGUCAUGUUUAUGUUUUUUGCGUUGUUGGCUUAGAUUGUGGAAUUCCCUGUUACGUUCUCAUGAUGAUCUGACUGUUGGAUAUACCAUUGUUGAAAAAUUCUGUUUAUCAAUACCAUUUAUUCUUGAUAUAUAUUUUACCUCGCCUC